UCACCGCCGCUGUUCGGGCUGAAUUUCCCUGACUGACGUCAGCUGACUCUCAGCUCCUCCGGACACCGCGCCGCGUAAAAAUGCUGCUCUCGGUGCCGCCAAGGACAGGAAUCAGCCCAUACGGCGGUUACUCCGGCAAAAGCCACAAGAAGCAGACAUAUGUGUCCCCUCCCAACCAUCAGAUGGCUCCUCCAAGUCCCAACAGCAACAGCAAUGGCAACAGCAACACAACCACCUUCAGCAAUGGCAGCGGCAACAGCAACAAUGGAGCAGAGCAGCUCAGCAAAACCAACCUUUACAUCCGUGGCCUGCUUCCAGGAACCACAGACCAAGAUCUGGUCAAGCUCUGUCAGCCGAAACAGCAAACCCAGGGGAAAGGGAAAGACAAACAAGGGCAGUGGUGUGGGGGUUAUGGCUUUGUGGACUUUGACAGUCCAGCCUCAGCACAGAAGGCAGUGACAGCGCUGAAGGCAGUCGGAGUACAGGCUCAAAUGGCCAAGCAACAGGAGCAGGACCCCACCAACUUGUACAUCUCUAACCUCCCGCUCUCUAUGGAUGAGUCAGAGCUGGAGAACAUGCUGAAGCCCUUCAGUCAGGCCAUUUCCACUCGCAUCCUCCGCGACUCCAACGGGACCAGCCGAGGGGUGGGCUUCGCCAGGAUGGAGUCAACAGAGAAAUGUGAGGCUAUCAUCCAACAUUUUAAUGGAAAAUAUAUUAAAACUCCUCAUGGAGUUCCAGCGCCGACAGAACCUUUGCUGUGUAAAUUUGCUGACGGAGGCCAGAAGAAGCGUCAGAGUCAUGGCAAAUACCUUCAGAACGGUCGCUCCUGGACAAGAGAUUCUGAGUCUGGAGGAAUGACUCUCACCUAUGAUCCCACCACAGCCCUACAGAACGGGUUCUAUUCGUCUCCCUACAGCCUUGCACCUAAUCGGAUGAUUGGACCGGCCUCCCUCUCCCCAUACAUGCCUUCCCCUGUGUCCACCUAUCAGGUACACAAUCCGUCCUGGCUGCAUCAUCAGUCGUACAUCAUGCCUCCCACAGGAGCAGUCCUUGCGUCAGGAAUGGAGCACUCCAUGUCCAUCCAGCCAACCUCCAUGAUGGGACCUCUGACACAGCAGCUCAGUCACCUUUCAAUGGGCAGCAGUGGCACAUAUAUGCCUGCAAAUGCAUCUAUGCAGGGUCCUUACCUACCCACAUACACUCAAGUGCCUGCCACCAACAUCUCAGUGGAGGAAAGUGCCGUCCAACAGCCUGUUCCUAUUGGUACUCCAACAGAACACACGGCGUACUCCUACCAGCAUAACAAAUAAAGAGAUCGUUUUUCUGGAGCCUGGAGUGACUGUCCAAGGGGCCAAAAGUGCUGAAGUUUUGACUUCACAUAAGGUGUCAGAAACUUGGGAGGGCAGGCAGACAUGGACUGUUCCACAUAAAGGACAAAAAAAAAAAAAA